CUGCAUUUUUUUUUCUUCAUUUGCUAUUUCAAAACAAAGCAUAAUUUCACCUAGCACGAGAAGAUUUGCAGUGCGGACAGAUAAUUACGUUUAACGCUUGCAAGACAAACCCUUAAUUUCCUCAGCCCAGCCAAAAUGACGUCCAAAGUUUUGUUGAACAAAUUCUCCUCCUCGAUCCGGCAUGUAUAUGUCGUCAAUUUCGUGCCCUCGCUAUCCUUCUGCACUAACAAACCACCGUCGGAUAAACCGGUCAGCCCGCGGAUGGAAGAGUUCCAGAAGAAAUUGCGCGAGAAAACUCCCAUCGGCAAGCUAGACGAAAUUGUUGGCAAGCAUCCGUACCAGGAAAAGGAACCGCUGGAACCGUGGCCAAACAACACGAACCCCAACACGGGAGAAAUCGGUGGUCCGAAAGGGCCGGAACCGACCCGAUACGGGGACUGGGAGCGCAAGGGUCGCGUUACAGAUUUUUAAAAGCACAGUGAAACCACAAAGCGUGGGGUAAAUUAUUUUACUACUAGUACGUUUGGAUGUUAGCAUUUAGAGGAUCUAUAUCGCGUUACAGAGAUGUUAGAAAUAAUAGCUUUUGAAGGUUAAUUCUUUCUUGAGAGACGCCAAAGGGCAGCAAUAUUUAUGUCAUCGUGUUAGUAAGAUGGAACACCAACUGGUGCGUCUCGAUUGCGUGUUGCACAAUAAAUUGGGAUGUAUUUGAGUACA